AUGGAUUGUAAGAAGGAAGAUGCACUCCGUAGAGGCCCAUGGCUCGAAGAAGAAGAUGAACGGCUAGUAAAGUUCGUUACCCUUUUGGGAGAACGUCGUUGGGAUUCUUUAGCUAGAGUUUCGGGCUUGAAGAGGAGUGGUAAGAGUUGCAGGCUAAGGUGGAUGAACUAUCUGAAUCCGAGUCUGAAGUGUGGACCAAUGAGCCAAGAAGAAGAAAUUAUCAUCUUUCAGCUCCAUGCUCUCUGGGGCAACAAGUGGUCAAAUAUUGCAAGAAGAUUACCCGGUAGGACUGAUAACCAGAUUAAGAACUACUGGAGGACUCAUUUAAGAAAGAAAAUGGACGCUCAAAACUAUGAUAAGAUCAUUGACUGGAGAGGAAAUAAAGGUGAAGAAUUGUUGCACAAGUAUAAGGAAACUGAGAUCAUGUGGACAAGGACGAAGACUCGAGAACAUGGCUUUGAUGAAACUGUGAAGGAAUAUAAGCAGAAAAACAUGGAAAGUGAUAAAGAAACCAAUGGUGUUAUUUGCGAAACAGAGCGCUUCGGUGUUAUGAAUUCACCAUAUGAAAACCGAAUUAUAGAUUUGAUAUCCAAAAGUGACGCAAAUAUAUUUGAAGACCAUGGCAGCAGUAGUACUGACAACAAUAUUAAUAUCAACGUUGGUUCUUGGUGGUUUCAAGAGAUUAUGGACUUCGAAGAGUUCUCAUGCUCUCUAUGGUCAUAG